CCGGGUGCAGAGAAGGCAACAGCCCAGAAUCCCUUCCACCGCCGCCUCCCUCUCUCUCGUCUGCGCGUGGAAAGUUGUGGGACAAUGUCUUAGGUAUUGCAUUUUUUUUCUUUUCUUUUUUUUUUGCGUGACAGUCGGCGCGCACGGGCGAUUUUUUAACGGCUGGUGAAUUUACCACUAUAUGGAAAAGAAAAGGAAGAAGAAGAAGAAAGCAGCUGCGAGCACCCGUGUGACCACUUAGGGAAAGCAGAAAUUGACGGGGAUUGAUUUGUCAUCCUUGGUGAAAAUUUUGCAGUCACAUGCCAGCAUCGGAUGAGACCGCGGCGCCGCGUCCUGUGCAUUGAGAGAAAUGGUGGUGCCGCGCGGAAUACGGCAGUUUUGUUCUAAAUGGGGAACUGCUCGCAGAGGAUAGAUACCGUGCGAAGUUGUGCCGCUCUCUGCUGAAGGAGUUAUCCGUUCGGCUUCACCCGAAUAGACACGAGUCCGCGGAGAGACAUGGGGCCGCUCCAGUGCGUGAGGAUCAGCGCGCUGCUCCUGUGCGCAGUGGUGGACGGCAAGGUGAUCCUGGAGGGCCUGCAGAGGUACGGCCCCACGCCAAUCUAUCUGCCUGUCAGUUACCAGAUCCUCAAUGCGGAGUCAGCGUUCUUUUUACAGGAGGCAAACCAGGACUUAAUGAGGAACUCCAGCCUGCAGGCUCGAACGGAGUCCUUUUUCAUUCACCAGGCCCGGCAGAUGCCCUUUGUCAACGCUAGCUACGGACCGCUGUCCGUCCAGCAGCCGGUCCCUCUGGACAUGCUGCAGACGCUGCCAGGGCCAUUUAACACGCCCUCCUUCUCUUCGGCGCCGGUGCCAACAUCAGCGUCGUCGUCGCCCCUCUUCACAUUCAACUGGAAGGUCCACACGUAUAUAAUCAGUGAGCGCAUUCACCCAAGCUGGCCCAAGGUCCAGGUGCUGUUCUACAUCGCCGGCAGGGACUGGGACGACUACAGCGCCAUCCACAAGCUACCCUGCAUCAGGAUGUUUGCGUUUCACGAGACCCAAGAGGUGCGCGGGACAUGCAGGAUAAAAGGGGAGCUGGGGAUAUGCGUCGCCGAGCUGGAGCCCCUGGCCAGCUGGUUCAGCCCGCCCACCAUCAGGCCCGGCAGGCAGAGGGUCUCCGAGCAGGCCCAGGGAACCCCCGUGGAGCUCUACUACAUGGUUCAGACCACGGACAGCGGCGACUGCAGCUCGGAGGAUUCAAGGAAGGGCAGCUCCGUUCACACGGACCAGCAGAGGCCGCUGGGCUAUUUUGCAGGGCACACGCCCAUGCAGCGCAUCGGGAGUGUCAGGCUGUUUCAGCCACUCUCUGAGCUGAAGCUGGACAACAACUUUGUGGUGAUGGCGCCAUCCAAGCCCAUUCGGCAGAGAGAAACGGUGUCAACGUUUCUGGCCCUGUCCACGCUGUCUUCGGUGCAGAUUUUCACCCUCAGGGUCAAGCUGAAAGACGGCGUGGCAUUCCUGGGAGCCAGAGCCAAUAACCCGGUAAUGUGGACGGUGAGUCAGGAUGUCAGAAGUGAAGGUCACAGGGUCGUCACCCUGCACUGUCACAGAAAGGAGAACAGUUUCGGCCAAAGAGUGGAGGCGGCGGGCUACCAGCGCGUGCUGCAGGUGGACCUGGAGGUGAACGGGCUGAUGGUGACUCAGGGGAUCAGGGAGGUGACGUGGCAGGUGGAGUAUCCACUCACCCGCACCCUGUCCAACGAGGUGCAGACCCUCAUCCGACUGGCACCGCAGGACCUGGGCGGCAUCGUGCCACUAGCCAUGGACACAGAGAUCCUCAACACGGCCGUCCUCACCGGGCGCACAGUCGCAGUCCCAGUGAAGGUGGUCACCGUGGGGACGGACGGAGCAGUCUCUGACGUUACAGAGUCGGUGGAGUGCAAGUCAACAGACGAGCAGGUUAUUAAGGUGUCCGAACGCUGUGACUACAUCUACGUCAACGGAAAGGAGACGAGAGGAAAGAGCAGGGUGACGCUCAACUUCACCUACAGUUUCCUGAGCGCGCAGCUCGAGAUGAGCGUAUGGAUCCCCCGCCUGCCCUUAGCCAUCGACGUGGCCGACCCCGAGCUCAGCCAGAUUAAAGGCUGGAGGGUUCCCGUUACUGUGGCCAACAGGAGGUACGAGAGGGUCACCGAUAACAAGGAUAAUGCAGAGGGAGCGGAGGAGAGGGCGGAGAGCGCCUGCGUCGCCCAGUACCAGAGCACCACUCUGCGUGUCCUCACGCACUUCGUGGCGGACAGCGGAGAAAUCCGAGGGGCCAUGGAGGAGGAGGGACUGGGCCAGCAGAACUUCCUGCUGGGCAGCGACUGGCAGGUGGACGUGACGCAGCUGGUCAAGGAAUCUCUGAGGGUGCAGGACCCGAAGGUCGCCCAGCUGCUGGAUGGUCAAGUCCUAAUCGGACAGAGCGCCGGAACCACUAAACUACAGGUGCUGUCCCCUCUGACGUCGUCGGUCAUGGCUGAGAGGAGCAUCAGGGUGGUGGACGAUAGAGUGAGCGUGACAGAGCUCGGGGUGCAGUUGGUAUCUGGGCUCUCUCUGUCCCUCCAACUCAGCCCUGGAAGCAACCGGGCCAUAGUCGCCACUGCAACAACACAGGAAGUGAUUGAAUCUCUCAAACAGGAGUCCCUUAUCAGUGCUUGGCUCCAGUUCAGUGACGGAUCCAUGACUCCGCUAGACAACUACAACCCUGCCCAUUUCACACUAGCUGCCACCUCUUUGGAUGAACGGGUUGUGUCGGUGCAGCACAAUGCAUCGUGGAAGUGGCCCAUCAUUGUUGCCAAGGGCGAAGGGCAGGGUUUGCUUGUGCGUGUUGAAAUGAGCCAAUCCGAAGUGUGCCAGAAGGGCAGACGACAUAAUAUUUUAGCUACCGGAAUGGCAAACAUACAGGUAAGGUUUGGCCAGCAAGAGGAGCAAUACAGACAACCAGGAGACCGGCGAACACGGCCUGAUCCUCCGUAUUAUGGAGGAUCCAUCUCUGAUAUAGAAACUGGGUUAAUUAACCGUGGAGCCACUACCAUCAGGGGCCAUGUUCCUAUGAGGCCUAAUGGUGGCCGUCUAUCAGCAGACAGUGGAGCAAGGGUCCCAAAUGAAUUCUCUGAAUAUCCGAAUCAGGCUGACCUGCCACGGAGUCGCAGUACUGAUGAGGACUUGUUGCCAUCUCGACGGGGACUGACAGACCUGGAAAUUGGUAUGUACGCCCUGCUGGGAGUCUUCUGCCUGGCCAUCCUGGUUUUUCUAAUUAACUGCAUCUCUUAUGCAUACAAGUACCGUAGCAAGCACUUGUCCCUGGAGGCCCCGGAGACCAUGCCCCAUGCCCACGACUGGGUUUGGCUUGGCCAAGAUGAGGGGUUAUGUUUGCAGCAGCAGCAACAGGAUGAGCUUGGCGGCACCCUGGAGGAAGGUAGUCAACUACUGAAUGGAGGCAUCCAGCGAGGUAACUCCGGUGGAGGAGGAUGUAGUUCAAGCGGGAGGGAUCACCGGAAUGAGUCACUUAACUCACCCACCACCAAGAGAAAGAGGGUGAAGUUCACCACUUUUUCUAGCAUCAAGUCCAGUAAUGGAUGUCCAGUGCUCAGCCCAUUAGCACUAGUGCAGACGAGUGAGAUAAAAUGGGUAUGUCCAGACAUCGAGCUUGGGGACUCAAAGGAUCUUAGGGACUACAUGGAAAAGCUUAAUGAGAAUGCUAUUAAGAACAUUGCAUAGGGGGGAACUGGGUGUUUCCAAUGAACUAAAGAGAAACUCACCUGAAUGCCUUCAGAAUACGGAGGGAAGGAGGAACGGAAAAGGAAAGAAAAAGAAAAGAGGGUGAGGAAAACAAAUUGAGGCUGUUGUUGAACUGUACACCUCACCAGGAUCUGCCACGACACUACAGUAUAGUUAAGAAGGAGGGAAAUGUGAAUCUGGUAUUGUUGCUUAACUUAAAUGUAUGUUCUUUGUCUCCACUGAGAUUUAGUUUCCAGGUUAAUUUUUAUGCGGCAUCUACAUUGUUUUCUUUCUUUCUUUCUUUUUUUAAUCACCUUGUUUUAACGUUGUAUUUGUUGUACUUUCUUUGUUUUGUUUCUUUAUAGAGUUUCUGUAUGCCCUGUACCACAUGUCAGCAAUUAUAGAUUCUAGGAGAGAAAACAAUUUUAUAUUGUAUAUAAAAGCAGAUUUGGAGGUAAUAUAUGUAUAGUAACAUUUUGUAAAGUGCAGUUUGGUUUGGUUUAGCUUUUGUUUUGUUUUGUCUCCAGAAACCAGAUCCAUGCAUGAUGUUAUUUAAGAGGAGGCAUGUGUGUCUGAUCUGGUAUGCGCAACGAAAAUGUGUAGAUAACUAUUAUCAGAACCACUGGAGACGUGUCAGUUUAGUAUAAUAAUUGCAUUUGUUUACUGUGGACAAGUUUGGGGUUGGAUUAAGUAUGUUAAUAUUGGUUUAACAGGUUUUAUUAGAUCUCUAUAUUUUCCCUUCUUAUGAUUUAUGACUCCCUUUGACCCAGUGGCAUACUCCACGUAUGUAUGACUACGUCUUUUCGUUCAUAUGACUUCAAACAGCCAAAUAUCACGACUAAAUUAGAACUACACUCAACAGAAAAAAACACAUAAACAGACAAUCACAUAACUAAUGUUUGACCUAAUGUUUUCAUUUAUACACUUUCCAUAAUAAUCUAUCCAGUCUGAAGGUUGUGUGGCAUGGAUUAAUGGGGGAUUAGCAAACACACUUAAUUUCUAAAAUCAGUGUAUAUGACAUUUUGGAUCCCAGAAGAGAAGUCACAACAGUCAACGAACAAAUGAUCAAAACCUGUCCCCUUCACUUCUUAUGUCAUAAUAUGGCAGCAUUAGCCGAGUCCAUCUUUUUCUACUGUAUGUCUGUUUUAAAAUUGGCUGCUGGACUAAUUAAAACUGAAGGUGACUCUUC